UGCGCCGGAAGCAGACGAGACCUCGGCGCAGCGGGGCCGCGGCUGGACCCUCCGGGGCCGGCGUCGCCAUGCCGGUCACCGGGAAGGCUUUCCGCCGGCGCCGGGCCGACUCGGAGUCAGACGAAGAUGAGCAGAACUCAGAAGAGGUUCGAUUAAAACUGGAAGAGACCCGAGAGGUGCAGAACUUGAGGAAGAGGCCCAACGGAGUGAGUGCUGCAGCCCUGCUGGUGGGAGAGAAGGUACAAGAAGAGACCACUCUAGUGGAUGAUCCCUUUCAGAUGAAGACAGGAGGUAUGGUGGACAUGAAGAAACUGAAGGAAAGGGGCAAAGAUAAGAUCAGCGAAGAGGAAGACCUCCACCUGGGGACGUCGUUUUCUGCGGAAACCAACCGAAGGGAUGAAGACGCCGACAUGAUGAAGUACAUUGAGACAGAGCUGAAGAAGAGGAAAGGGAUCGUGGAACAUGAAGAACAGAAAGUAAAGCCCAAGAACGCAGAGGACUGUCUUUAUGAGCUUCCCGAAAACAUCCGCGUCUCCUCGGCAAAAAAGACAGAGGAGAUGCUGUCCAACCAGAUGCUGAGCGGCAUCCCCGAGGUGGACCUGGGCAUCGAUGCUAAAAUAAAAAAUAUCAUUUCCACGGAGGAUGCCAAGGCCCGCCUGCUGGCGGAGCAGCAGAACAAGAAGAAAGACAGCGAGACGUCCUUCGUGCCCACCAACAUGGCAGUGAAUUACGUGCAGCACAACCGAUUUUAUCACGAGGAGCUCAAUGCCCCCAUACGGAGAAACAAAGAAGAGCCCAAAGCCCGUCCCUUGAGAGUGGGAGACACAGAGAAGCCAGAGCCUGAUCGGUCCCCCCCUAACCGCAAGCGCCCCUCUAAUGAGAAGGCCACCGAUGACUAUCACUAUGAGAAGUUCAAGAAGAUGAACAGACGGUACUGAGGGCGACGGGAGGGGAGGCCUGCGGGAUGGGCUGUAAGUAGCCCUGUGCUUCACCCCUCACCCUGGGGGAGGCUCCUGGACAGACACCCGACCAUUCCCAGCAGACAGUUCCCAGAACUGACUGUUAGCUGGCUGCUUACCUGCUGGGUUUUCAGGCUCUGAAUUUGUAACCUUUUGAAACAAAACAAUGUGUGGUUUUCUUAUUGGGGGCAAACUAUUCCUGCGAGCGUUAUUAAAUCCUGUUCGUAAAUUG